CCCAAGAAGACAACGUGCGUUGCUGCCUGCAGAAGAGAGUCACAGAGACGAGCAGCAUCCGGCCAGAGACAGGAGAGAUGGCAGCGGUGGACUGCGGUGGCGGCCGGCGGAGGCGGUUCGCGGUGGCGUGCGGCGUGCUCAGCAGCUGCAUCAAGGCCCAGGCGGCCGCCGGGAAGAUGGCGAGUUGUUACUACCCCGCCUCGUCGUCGUCGGCGGCGGCGACCACGAUGCUACUUAUGCCGGGAGCGGACGUGGUGCCGGACGUGAGGGAGGAGGAGGAGGAGGAUCAGGACGCGCGACGGGCGCCGGUGGGGCAGCUGGCGAUCGUGUACGGCGGGCGGGUGCUGGUGUUCGACGGCUGCCGGGCGCAGAGCGCGGCCGAGCUGGUGCGCGCCGCCGCCGCACGGGGCGCGUGGCAGGAGGCCGACGCGCGGCGCGGCGGCGGGCGCGCCGAACUUCCGGUGGCGAGGAAGGCGUCGCUGCAGCGGUUCAUCGACAAGAGGCGUGGCAGGCUCGCGGCGGCGGCGGCGCCGUACUCCCCACGGCCGUCGCGGUCGGCAUUGGCGGCCAGAGCCUGGCUCGCGAUGGGAACACCGGGAUCAGGCUGCGCGGCGCGGUGAGACGUCUCGUCUGAUGGUCGACGACGAUGACGCCGCGAUCGACUGACUUCCAAAUUCAUUCCUUUUUUUUCGAGUGAUCAACGCAUUUGAUUUGUUUAGCUUUUGAUUCGAUUCGAGGCCAUCUUACUGGCAUACGUUUUUUUUGUAGAAGUAUAGCUGAAUUACUUACAUACGCAUUCAUCUUAUAAAAAUAAUUUAGUAUGAUAAUGUGAUGGAAAUAAUACGCUGUUAAAGGUUAAUUAUUUCAUCAAUUUCAAAUCCUAAUGCUAGACACACAGUAUGUGUGUGCUGGAUGGUUGUAUAUAUACAUGAAUAUGCAACAGGCUGCUUGGAUACAUGCAGAAACAAGCAACGGCUUGU